UCAUCCAAUCACGCUGAGCGAUGUUUGGGCGUCCCGUUCAGCCAUGUUGUGGUUUUGAAUGAGGAAGAAGCGGGAGAUAAUAUUCUUCAACGACUUUAUAUGCAUUUUAAAGUGACGUUAAGGAUAUAUAAACGACUUUUGGUGUGAAUCAAAAUGAUAACCGUUUUUUUGAACGCGUCGGUUGCGACUUAUCGCAUUCCUGUAAGAAUUUAAACACACUUCCAUAAAUUAGCCGUGUAGCUAACAACGUUAGCUAGCAAAGCUGUACGCAAAGUGUCUAGCAAGGCUAUUAGCUAAUUCUGUGCUAACUAGCUAACGGUUAGCGUGUUUCCUUGGAAAGUAAAAUGAUAUUUGUGAGAACCGUUAGCCGUCGGAAUAGCCUCAGCUAACCUCCCUCAGUCGAAUGAAGCGCAGCAGCGUCUUUUGUUUUGACUCUAAUUGUCGGAUAAGUUAGACUGGACGGCGGCGUUGAUUGGGCGAUUUAUCCACAGACCGCGGUGCUAUUUUUAAAAACUUUUGAGCCAUGUUAAAUAAAAUCUACGAAUGGUUUGGAACAAGUUUGGCCAAUUUUCGCAAUGGUGUACCAGCUGUGGAGGACUCGGAUACACGCCGGACACCAGGAGAUGGUCAGAUGAGGCGGAAAAGACCAAUUGAAAGUCUGGAAGAUGGGCAUAAUAUCGACCAAGAUGGCUUGAUGAUAAAGAGAUCUCGAAUGGGGGAUCUUAUUGACUCAGUCAAGAUUGCAGCUGAAGGGGUUAAGAAUCAUAGCUCCAGUGUGGCUACAUGGAUGAGGAACAAUGUGAGCCCUACCUUGAGAAAUAUAUUACCUGCCUCCCCUGGUCCACCACCUGGAGACCUCCAGCCGCAGCCCUCAACAUCAGCAGCAGUCUGGACUGGGAGGCUGAUCUCAGAAAGGAACUCGGUGGAUAGGAUAUUCGCUGCUCCUUCUACAUCGCUGGAUUGGAAAACAUCCAAAUCAGAUUGCCUGCGUAGUGAAAAGUUUGUUAUGGGAUCAAAAGUCUGUAGACGGCAAGUGUGCAUGAAUCCUGUACAUCGUGAAGUGCCAAAAACGAAUGGCCACCCAGUCAGCAUACCACCCUCCAUUACUCCAGAAUCGCACCCUGCUCCACGACUGGGCAGGCCUCUGAAUCUCAGAUCAUAUGGAACACCAAGUUUGUCUCGUGGAGCAACAAGCAGCAUUUGCACCAGCAUGUAUGAGAAGACCUUCCCCAUCAAAGUGGUCCAGAGUCCAACACACAGCACCUCAUCUGGUCACAUACACAGGGCCAGGCUCCACUGCACUGCGCAAGAGUCUGUGCGAGAAGAGGAGAAGGAGGUCUACAGGCAGCUUCUGACCAUGGUCUCAGCUGGUCAGUCCUCCUUCCUUCACAACGGCAGCUCACACGCCAUCAUGAGGUCACAUAGAGAUUUCACAAGCUUUCUGACUACCAGCCGUAGACUUCUACAAGUCUCAUCUCCGACCGGGUCGGUUGCGGAAGGAACUUCAGAGGGACCCAGCAGCCCCCCCAGCCCGAGGGGCUUGUCCAGUCAGAGCUCCAGCAACCUCCCCAGCCCAGUUGGGGCCUCCAACAACCGGCCAGGGAGUCAUGCAUGGUGUCUGGACUCAGACAUCAGCUCCAGCAGAGCAGCUACUCUGGCUUCAGUCCCCUCCCCAUCUGCCCUGCAGGAUAACUCAUCUCAGGACACACAAUCAUCAGCCCAUGAUGGUGAUUCUGUUAUUAUUGUAAAUGAGCAAAAGGGUAAAAAGCAAGACAAGUCAAGUGUGCCAUGUUUCCAAGCUGAGUUAUGGAUCAAAGAAUUGACUAGCAUGUAUGAUUCUCGGGCGAGAGAAAGACGGAGACAGAUAGAGGAGCAGGAGGCCUUAGCUGCCCAGCUGCUGAGACAGCGGCUGUCAGAAGAAGGGCAGCGUAGCCCAGAUGUGGAGGUCCACGUUCGAGUUCCUUUGGAGAAGGAGGUUCCUCUGGCUCCUGUGAUAGAAGAACCAAAGCCUGUCGAAGAGAAACCGGAAUUCCCUGAACUGACAGAGGAAAUGGAGGCCGAGGUGAACAAGGCACUGCGAGGAGGCAGUUCUCAUGAAGUAUUAAGUGAAGGUUUUGGUCUCAGUCUAACACGUAAAGACCUGCAGACUCUCAGCAACCUCAACUGGCUCAAUGAUGAGGUGAUCAACUUUUAUAUGAACCUUCUAGUGGAACGCAGUAAGGACCCCAGCCUACCAUCUGUCAACACAUUCAACACCUUUUUCUAUCCAAAGCUGCGCAGCAGUGGCUAUUCUGCUGUCCGCCGCUGGACCAAAAAAACAGACAUCUUUUCUAAAGACAUCCUGUUGGUUCCUGUCCACUUGGGGGUGCACUGGUGCCUCGCUGUGGUGGAUCUCCGCAAAAAGGCAAUCAUGUACUUUGAUUCUAUGGGAGGAAACAAUGAUGAAGCAUGCAGAUUAUUGUUUGACUACCUGCAACAGGAAAGUAAGGACAAGAAGGGGAAAGAAUUGGAUACCUCAGGCUGGACUCUGCACAGCAAAAAGCGCCAUGAAAUCCCACAGCAGAUGAAUGGCAGCGACUGUGGGAUGUUCACAUGCAAAUAUGCAGAUUACAUUACCAAAGACAAGCCAAUCACAUUCACACAGAAACACAUGCCCUACUUCAGAAGACGGAUGGUCUGGGAGAUUGUGAACCACAAACUAUUGUGAUGUCGGUAUAUGGAGAGCGAACUAGUAAAGUCAACUCAAUGUUAAAAAUAUGAGACAUGCAGAUGGAUGAGCAAUGUUUAACUUUGAGUGGUCCUGUUCUUGGAUCGACUUGCACACCAGCUCAUCAGGUCAGGAACCAGCUCUUCUACUCCAACCUCCACUGAUGAGAUGGAGCACCCAGCACUGUUUCCUGUGCUCUGUUUUGUUAUUUUGUUGAUGCGCCCAUGGAGCAUCAGCUGUGUCCAAAUGGCCAGCCAGAACAGAUUUUGAAAACACGCUGACUUACAAACCAUACUCUGAGCUGCAAUUUUUAGCUUGAUGCAGACAUAAAAAGUUUACAUGUUACAGGGAGUUACGCAUAUGCUGCAUAAUUUUUAUACUGACAGGUGCACUAAAUUUAAGUGUCACUGUCAUUGUUUGAUACUUUUGCUAUAUGAAAGUAAAAAUUAACUUUACAGUUUAAAGUAUAAAACAGACAAAUCUGUAAACUACUAUCUAAUUGCCAAACUGCUCUCUUUAUAUUUAGAUAUGAGAGUUCUCUUUAUUCUUUUUCCUUCUUUGUAUGAACAUUUUACCAAAAGCAGGGUUAUUUUUGUAAUUUGUUCAAUUAAAAUGCACAAAAGUCUUCAACUGUGAAUUGCCUCAGAGUAUGAUUUAUAAUCAAAGCAGGAUGUGUCUCAACCUUUCAGAGGACUUGCAUGUUUAACAAAACAGUCUUAUUUACACCCUCAAACUAGAGGGUUAACUUGCUUUGCCAUGUCCUUCUUUUCCACAAGUCUUGAUAGAAGAUUGUAAAUUAAGGUCCAAAGUCUAUUUUAUGUAUUUCAGAGUUGUUGUUUUUUUUUUUUUUCAACAGAAACUUGAGGAAUAUUGGGUAUAUUUUGAAACUUGUACAUACAAACAUAUACAGCCUCUUGAACAGUGUAAUAUACUUUUCUUUAUGUAUUUUUGUUAUCUAUUUUUUAUCUAGAUUCAAGUCUGUUUUAGUAAUAAAUUCUCCUGUAUUGUGACUGGUGUGACUGGUGCAUUACCUCAAAAUUGACCUGAGUUUGAUAACUGACAUAAA